AUGCCGAAGAGAAAGAUGAGCGAAAGCUCCAUAGAAAAGAAGGGAAGUAAAGACCGUGAUCAAGCACGGUACGGAAUGAUCAGAGACUCGCGUGAAGACUUUUACGACGGACAGAGGAAGCUUGAUGACUCCCGAGAACGCGCUCGCGCGGCGCCUAAGCGACAAGUGUGGACUCCCGAAAGCCCUGUCCUGAUCUUAAACGUGCGAGGCAUACCGAAAGACGAUAAGAAGAAGCUUCUUAAUAAGUUCCCGGUAUAUCGCGAAAAGCCAGUGUUCGAUAACGGCAAGCUUCAGAAGCUCCCGCCAUCAAAUGUCGCCCCGACCGAUGAAUAG